UAGCUUUGCUAACGUUAGUUAAGGUGGAUGUGUGACAGCUGAACUCGUACCACAACAAGGUCGUUCAGGGCUAUUACGACUUUAAUCUCGACAUUUCGAUUUUAUUCUUGAGAUUUCGACUUUAUUGCCCCCCUCAUGUUUUCCCUCAUGCCUGGCCCUAAUACUCUUCCGUAAACGCCACUUCAAAAUCACUGAACUAUCCCUUUAAGUGAGGCGUGAAGUGAAAACGACUCAACGGCGCACUCCGCUGGUGUUAUACCGCUUUUAAGGUGGUUUGGAAAGUUCCGAGAAGAAGCGGCCAGGUUCAGAAGAAGCUGCUGUCCGAGCAGAGUGAGGACACAAUCCAACCGCGGUGGACACGAGUGGACCAGCACGGACAGCAGCAGCAGCACUGCAGCGCGCGUGUGUGUGUAUAUGUGUGUGUGUAACAGCAGGCACUAGCAUGUGACUGCAGCAGUCGUCCUUACAGCCGGUUAAAUGCUGCGCUCCUCCACACGGCACAGCAGCAGCAGCAGCAGCAGCAGCCUCCACCUCCAGCCCCAGGACGACAGGGACCCGGCCGCGCUGGACCUCAUCAGACCAUGCUGGUACUGGGACAAGAAGGACCUGGCCCACACCCCGUCCCAGUCGGAGGGGCUGGACCCCGGCACCGAGGCCCGCUACCGCAGGGAGGGAGCCCGGUUCAUCUUCGACGUGGGCACGCGGCUCGGCUUGCACUAUGACACCCUGGCGACUGGGAUCGUCUACUUCCACAGGUUCUACAUGUUCCACUCCUUCAAGCAGUUCCCCAGAUAUGUGACGGGAGGAUGCUGCCUCUUCCUCGCGGGCAAGGUGGAGGAAACCCCCAAGAAGUGCAAAGACAUCAUCAAGACGGCCCGCAGCCUGCUCAAUGACAACCAGUUCGCACAGUUCGGGGACGACCCCAAGGAGGAGGUGAUGGUGCUUGAGCGCAUCCUGCUGCAGACCAUCAAGUUUGAUCUGCAGGUGGAACAUCCCUACCAGUUCCUGCUGCGCUAUGCGAAGCAACUCAAAGGUGAUAAGACCAAGGUGCAGAAGCUCGUUCAGAUGGCGUGGACCUUUGUGAACGACAGCCUCUGCACCAUGGUGGCCCUGCAGUGGGAGCCACAGAUCAUAGCUGUGGCUGUCAUGUACCUGGCCGGACGUCUCUGCAAGUUCGACAUCCAGGACUGGACUUCCAAACAGUCGUCCCGCCGCUGGUGGGAGCAGUUUGUCCAAGAUGUGCCCAUGGAGGUGCUGGAGGAUAUCUGCCACCAGAUCCUGGACUUGUACUCUCAGGCCAAGCAGCCGAUUCCCGAUGGGGGGAUGGGGACGGGGGAGAACCCCCCACCACCUUCCAUCCUGUCCUCCUCGGCCCCACUGCUGGCCAAGAAGGCCUCGCCUCAGACCAGCCCUGGACCACCCAGACCAGCUCAGCCCUCUGCCAGAGAUGACAGCAAAGCCACAAAGCUCCUGAAUCUAGAGCCUCCUCCACCUCCUCCUCCGCCCCCUCCUCCUCCACCAGCCUCCAUAAACACCGAUCGGCAUCCUUCCUCCUCCUACCCACCAGCCCCAGAGCCUCCCUCUAAACCAGCCCCCCCACCUUUACCCCACUGCCCACCUCCGCCGCCUCCUCCACCCAUGGACCUCCCCAGCCCCAGCACCCUGGUGUCCAGCGACGGCUAUCAAACGCUGCAGUCCAUGAUGAAGACGGAGGGCUCCUGUUACCCAGCUGUGCCCCAGGCCUGUCCCCCGCUGCUGGGUUACCACCACUAUCCCCCGGGUGCCACCUACCACCCCCCACCAAUCGCAGCCUACAGCUACCUGCUUGCACCUCCGCCCCCCUCCGUACUGGGGAUGGCGCCUAGUUUGAACAGCGGGUACCCGACACAAUCAACCCCAGGACACAAUCAGCUGCCCCCCGGGAUGCCCCCCGGGAUGCCCCCCGUCAGUGGGCUGAGUCGGGGUCCGUGGAUGAGAUGAGUACCACUUAUAAAAUAGUCAUGUAAACAUUGUUAGGUUUUAUGAUAAAAGAAACGUGGUUCUUCAGAUCAUCUCUUCAUUUCGUGACAACGCGGAGCAGAUGCCUGAAGUGUCACAGUUUCAUGUUUUGGGAUUUUGUGAGUGUAAGUGUUUGAAUGUUGACUCUGACACUGUGACCUCAUUAGCACGUUAGAGUGAACGGUACAUGGCAGCUUUUUGUUACAUUAUGCUUUGUCAAACUUUAUUUUGAAGUCACAGCUCAUCACAUUUUAUUGAUGUUUUAUAAUGACAUUUUUGAACUUAUUUUUGUCCUUUUUUUUAAAGACCAACAUCAGUUUCUAUGUAAACAUGUAAUAUGAAUACAUGAGUUUACCUUUUUUACUGUAAGAGCCUAAUAAACAAGUAAGUACACAA